UCCUGAUUGUUUACCGUUCUGCAGUUAUUUCUCCAUAAAGCUAGAUGGCGCAGUAGCAUAACACUGAAAUGCACGGUUACUAGAAACGUCGGGCGUCCGCCAUAUUGUGAGUGGAAAAUUCAACUUUGAAAGCAAUACGAUGGAUCACAGCGAUGGUGAGAUGGAGGAAGAUGAAAGCGAGUGGAAAACCUGCUUCGUGGAUUCAGCUGUGGUCUGUCCCGCCACCUCUGUAGCUGCUACUUAUGGGUCGAUUAUCCAGAUUCCUGAAUCUGCACACAGAGUUAUUCUACAUUUUGACCUUGACUGCUUUUAUGCUCAGGUGGAAAUGAUCAGAAACCCAGCUCUAAGAGAUGUCCCUUUAGGUAUACAGCAGAAAUACAUCAUAGUCACUUGUAACUAUGUGGCCAGGAAGCAGGGCGUCACCAAGCUGAUGUCUGUUACUGAUGCUAAGGAGAAAUGUCCUGAACUGGUGCUGGUUAAAGGAGAAGACCUGACACACUACAGAGAAAUGUCCUACAAAGUCACAGAGGUCCUGAUGUCUUAUUGUCCGCUGGUAGAGAGGCUUGGAUUUGAUGAAAACUUUGUGGAUGUCACAGAGAUGGUUGAACAAAGGCUUGCUCGGACAUCAGAUUCUGACAGCUUUUCAUUUAAAGGACAAGUCUUCAGUCAUUUUAGUGCAGAUGCUAAAGCCAAUCACCACCCAAGGUUGGCAAUAGGUUCACACAUUGCAGCAGAGCUGAGAGAAGCUAUCCACAGCAAGCUCGGCUUGACUGGUUGUGCUGGCGUCGCCACGAACAAGCUGCUGGCCAAACUGGUUUCAGGCACCUUCAAACCAAAUCAGCAAACGGUUUUGCUGCAGGAGAACAUCGGAGAUAUCAUGGGCUGUUUGAGUGGCCUCAGAAAAGUACCCGGUGUGGGCCACCAAACUGCCAAGAGACUUCGAGCUUUGGGAUUAAUGAGUGUGAAGGACUUGCAGGUCUACCCACUGAGUGACUUGGCAAGGGAAUUUGGGGGUGCCACAGCUCAGCGUUUAAAGAAUCUGGCCCUUGGCAUUGAUGACUCAGCCGUCACACCCACUGGGGCCCCUCAGUCUUUAAGUGAUGAAGACUCCUUUAAAAAAAUGUGUUCAGUGAAGGAAGUUAUGGAAAAGAUCCAGGAGCUCCUAAGCGGUUUGGUUGAAAGGAUGCACAAAGAUGGCCGGCAGCCCCAAACCUUCAGGCUUACAAUACGGAGGUUCUCGGUGACCAACAAGUGGUUCAGUCGGGAGAGCCGCCAGUGCCCGAUCCCAGGCAGCGCUGGACAGAAAAUCAUCUCUGGGAACACUGAAGAUGCUGUGUGCCAGUUGGUCCCAUUGGCCAUGAAGCUCUUUCAUAAAGUGGUGGACUGUAGUGCUGCAUUUCACCUCACACUCAUCAACGUCUGCUUCAGUAAUCUGCAGAGCAGAGGGCCUGCUGUGAGCGGGAAGGGAGCCAUAACAUCUUUCCUUACGCAGAGCGCAUCACCCAGAAAAUCCCAGGUAUCAUCCUUACAAAACCAGAAUAAUUCAGCCCAAAGUGAUGACAUUUGCCUCUUGGACCAUCAGGUUAACGCAUGCAGCAGGAUUGCUUCACCAAAACGUCAAGUCACCAUAAAAGGCUCUUGUCACUCUGAGGAAUCAUUACAUGGGUUUGGAUGGGAACACAGCUCUAUUUGUGCUGUUGAGGAAAACCAUGAAGCAUCCUGCAGCACAGAGAGAAUCAAUCCAGACAAAACCGACCCACCACCGAAUGUCGACCCAGAGGUGUUUAAGCUCCUUCCGGAAGAAAUCCAGAAGGAACUUUUAUCUCCCGCUUAUUUAAACUCCCAGCUGACCCAUUCGGUCUCUGAGGAUCACCAUAUGUUAAAAAACAAGCUUUCAGAAAACGAUUCAGCACUAAAAGUCGACCCAUCCAGUGUGAAUCACCAGUGGCCAGCGGGAAUACAUAUAACUCACGCAGAAAACAUCAUGGAGCAGGAUAUGUCAUCGCUUUCCUGGUCAUCUGACUGUAACUUCCCAGGAAAUGUGGACCCUGAGGUGUUUUCUGAGCUUCCACCAGACAUUCAGAAGGAGCUCAUUUCUGACUGGAAGCAGCAGAAGCUGAUUUUGAAGACUCCUUCAUCCAGGAAAACGGGAAAAGGCUCCAUCUCCAAAAGCAAAGACAGAAAGGCUGAAGGAAGGAGCAGCCAGUCGAAUAAUCUGUUCAAGUAUUUCAAACCCGGUUAGAGAUAAGCAGUUGGGUUAUUAUAAGGAUGUUAUGUUUCUAAAGAUUUACUGUUCUUACUGUUAGGCUCUAUGUAUGAGAAAAAUAAAUGAAGCAUCUAACCGUUCUUUAGAGCUGUUUUUAAGUGCCGCUACAUCAAAUCUAACAUGAUAGAAUGGAGACUGAAAAUUAUGUUGGACUGAAGUUCAAUAAAAGAUUUUAUUUUAAGAAAAGAAAAUGA